AUGCUGACUGAUUAAUCUGUGAUUACAAAAAGAAUUUAGUCAGUUCAUUUUGGAUAUUAUACAGCAAAAGAAAUAAGAGAAAUGAGUGUCAAAGAAAUAUCAAAUCCUAAAGCUUUUGAUAAACUCAAUCAUCCCAUUCGAGGUGGUCUUUAUGAUCCAGCUUUAGGAGUUUAACCACAUGAACGAGGCACUAGAUGCGUCACAUGUGGUUAAGAGAACAUGGAUUGCACAGGACAUGUAGGUCAUAUUGAAUUGCUACUUCCUGUUUACAAUCCAUAUUUAGUAAAUUAACUAAUGAGUCUAAUGAGAUCAAAAUGCUAUUAUUGUCAUAAAUUAAGAAUAACUAAAGAUAGAAAGAAGUUUUAUAAAAACAAUUUUAAAUUACUAAGGUUAGGGAGAUUGAUUGAAAUGAAAAAGUAUCAAAAACUAUACAUGACAAAAUUGAGAUUAAACAAAUAAACUAAGAAUGCUGAAAAUAGGAAAUAAUCUAUAACUGCUACUGACACAUCAAGAAAGGGAAGCGAUCAUAGAAAAGGAAGUGAUAAUAAAAUGCAAUGUGAUUAAGAAACAGCACCUUAAGAAUUCUUAGACAUUGAGGAUGUUAAAUCAUAAAUCUAAGAAAUUCUUGAUAUACUUUAAGUAAAAAAACAUCAAUCAGAGUACAUUGAUGGAAUUCAUUAAACCAGUCAUAUAUUACAAGAACUCAAAAUCUUGACAAAAUAAUUUUUUAAAGAUAUCAAUAAAAAAUGUCCACACUGCAAUAAAGUUUCGCCUAAUGUCAGAAAAGAAGGUGUGAGUAAGUUUUUUUUAAUGGAAAAAAGUGAAAAAGGAAGCAAGGAUGCCUAAGAGGACUAACAAUAAUAAGGAUCAAAUAAGAAGAAAAAUCAUUAUUUAAAUCCAAUGGAAAUUUCAGAACAUAUACAUUAAUUAUGGCGUUGGGAUUAAGAUUUACUAAAAUACAUAUAUGGUAGCAUUUAUGUUAAUGCUAACACGUUAAAAAAUGCUAAAAAGGGUUAUGAAUUAAAAAAGAUUUCUCCAGAAAAUUUUUUUAUAGAAGUAUUAAUUGUUCCAGCCAAUCGAUAUAGACCUGAAAACAAAGUAAAUGAUCAAACAUUUUUGCAUGGUCAUACUGUCACUUACACAAGAAUUUUAGAAUUCAAUUAAGAAUUAAAAGUAUUAAUAACGAAUAUGACAAAUGCUCCUGCUUAAACAUAAAGCAGUAUGGAAGCUUUGAAGCAAUCAGACCAUAUGAAAAAUAAUUUGAAGAAAAUCAUUCGAUUAGAUACAAUAAUGUAGAAAUGGUUAGAACUNUAUUAGAUUAUAUAUUGA